UCAUAAAUACUCCAGUGAAACCAAACCAAACACAGCCUCCACAAGUGCUGGAUCCGUAACUGUUUGUUACUACACAGAGACGCUCUCUCUCUCUCUCUCUCUCUAGCCAGCACUUUUUCCCUGGUAUUCUCCGCAGUACCAACCCCUCUGAGGUACGAUGUCGGUGAAUGGUGUUGAUGAAGGAGGAGAGUUGCGUAAUACUUGUAGCAGCAAUAAGAUUAAGGUUGACCCUUCAAAGCCUGCAUCUCUGACUUGGCAGCGAAAAGUAAAUAGCGAGGGAAAUGUUCCUUCUGAGUUUUCUUUAGGUGCCAAGGAGAUUAUUCAGAUGGCUCCAAUAGGUUUUAGAUUAUGGCGACAUGUCCGAGAAGAAGCCACCAAAGGAAGGGAGGCAUUUAUAUCCCCCUUUGAGAAGCGUAAUGUGACAUCCUGUCAUGGCGUUCCACUAGGUGGUAUGGGUGCAGGAAGCAUUGAAAGAAACUACAGAGGUGAAUUUCAACGCUUGCAACUGUUCCCCAGAAUAUGUGAAUACAAACCCAUUUUAGCAAAUCAAUUUUCUGUUUUUGUGUCCCGUUCAAAAGUUGAAAAGUAUUCUACUGUACUCUGCCCAGGGAGCCCUGAAGUGUUAAAGGAAUGUUCAGCAUCCGGGAUUGGAUCUUGGGAUUGGAACCUGAAGGGUCACAGUUCUACAUAUCAUGCAUUGUAUCCUAGGGCUUGGACUGUAUAUGAAGGUGAACCUGAUCCGUUGCUUAAGAUAGUUUGUCGUCAGAUUUCUCCGUUUAUACCCCAUAAUUAUAAGGAGAGCAGCUUCCCUGUAGGAGUUUUUACUUAUACGCUGUUUAAUUUGGGAAAGACUGCUGCAGAUGUCACCCUCCUUUUCACAUGGGCAAAUUCUGUUGGUGGGGUUUCUGGAAUGUCUGGGCAUCACUACAAUUCGAAGAUCAGGAUGAAGGAUGGUGUUCAUGGUGUGCUCCUACAUCACAAGACUGCAAAUGGACAAUCUCCUAUUACUUUUGCAAUUGCUGCAGAAGAGGCCAAUGGUGUUCAUGUGUCAGAGUGCCCUUGCUUUGUGAUACAUGGAAACUCCCAGGGUAUUACAGCAAAAAGCAUGUGGCGUGAAAUUAAAGAGCAUGGAUCCUUUGAUCACCUUGAUUCCGCUGAAACAUCAAUGCCUUCAGAAGCUGGAACAACGAUUGGAGCGGCCAUUGCCGCUUCUCUUACAAUUCCACCAGAUGCAGUUCGUACAGUUACAUUUUCAUUGGCAUGGGACUGCCCAGAUGUAAACUUCACGAGUGAAAGAACUUAUCACAGGCGUUAUACCAAAUUUUACGGUACCCAUGGUGAUGCUGCAGCAAAUAUUGCACAUGAUGCUAUUCUUGAGCACAACACCUGGGAAUCCCAUAUAGAAGCAUGGCAAAAGCCUAUUCUCGAAGACAAGAGACUUCCUGAAUGGUAUCCGGUCACUCUUUUCAAUGAACUCUACUAUCUUAACUCAGGAGGAACAGUUUGGACCGAUGGAUUGCCCCCAGUCCAUACUUUAGCAAGCAUUAUCGGAAGAAAGUUUUCCCUGGAUAUGAACAGUUCAGAAGUUAAUAAUGCCAUGUCCCAUCAGAAUGACACUGCUACUGACAUCCUUUGGAGGAUGACUUCAACUCUAGAGGAAAUAAACAAUCCGGUAACUUCAAAUUCCGCUUUUGGAACAUAUCUGCUUCAAAAAGGAGAGGAGAACAUUGGCCAAUUCCUAUAUCUAGAGGGGAUAGAAUACCACAUGUGGAACACAUACGAUGUUCAUUUCUACUCAUCUUUCGCCUUAUUAAUUCUGUUUCCAAAACUUGAACUCAGCAUCCAAAGAGACUUUGCAGCAGCCGUAAUGAUGCAUGAUCCCAAAAGGAUGAGCCUCCUUCACAAUGGGAAAUGGGUCCCAAGAAAGGUUCUUGGUGCUGUUCCUCAUGAUAUUGGAUUGAAUGAUCCAUGGUUUGAAGUUAAUGCAUAUAGCCUUUAUAAUACAGAUCGGUGGAAAGAUUUGAAUCCAAAAUUCGUUCUGCAAGUGUAUAGGGAUGUGGUUGCCACAGGGGAUAAGAACUUUGCGCAAGCUGUUUGGCCCUCAGUUUAUGUUGCAAUUGCUUUUAUGGAACAAUUUGAUAGAGAUGGGGAUGGGAUGAUUGAAAAUGACGGGUUCCCAGAUCAGACGUAUGAUACAUGGUCUGUUUCCGGAGUGAGUGCGUAUUGUGGUGGGCUCUGGGUAGCAGCCUUGCAAGCUGCCUCAGCUAUGGCACAUGAAGUUGGCGACAAGGGCGCUGAGGAUUACUUUUGGUUUAAGUUUCAGAAGGCAAAAAUAGUGUAUCAGAAGUUGUGGAAUGGUUCUUACUUCAACUAUGAUAGCAGUGGUGGAAGUUCGAGUUCGUCCAUUCAAGCUGAUCAGUUGGCCGGACAAUGGUAUGCUCGAGCAUGUGGGCUGUCACCAAUUGUUGAUGAGGACAAAGCAAAGAGAGCACUUGAGAAGGUUUAUAACUUCAAUGUGUUAAAAGUGAAGGAUGGGAGGCGAGGGGCAGUAAAUGGGAUGCUACCUAGUGGAGAAGUUGACAUGUCAUCUAUGCAGUCAAGAGAAAUAUGGUCUGGAGUUACAUAUGCUGUUUCUGCAUCUAUGAUUCAUGAAGACAUGGUUGAGUUGGGAUUUCAAACUGCCGGAGGUGUUCAUGAAGCUGCUUGGUCCGAAGAAGGACUGGGAUACUCUUUUCAAACUCCGGAGGGUUGGAACACGGAUGACCAAUAUAGAUCUCUCUGCUACAUGCGGCCCCUGGCCAUAUGGGCAAUGCAGUGGGCGUUAUCACGUCCAAAGCAUAAUUUGAAACGAGAGACGAAGCCAGAUAUGAAAGAUGAUUCCUUUUCCAGGCAACAUGCAGGAUUCAUGAGGCUUGCACGCCUUCUCAAGCUUCCAGAAGAGGAAGGUUCUAGAAGCCUUUUGCAGGUGGUUUUUGAUUACACAUCCAAGAAGAUUGGGAUAUGAGACAAAUGUCUGUAAGAAUUAUUUUCCAAGGGGAAUCACAUCAUUUUCGUUCUAUAAGUAUUUAUAUAGUUUUUCUCCCGGGUUAUUAUUCUUAUAUGCAACCAUUAUUUGACCUCAAUACAAGAGGAUAAAAGCUGUUUUAUAGAUUGGCAUAUUACCAUUCAAAAUAAGAGAACUUGGAUGAUUGUAUUUCUGGAAGUUUUAUCCGGUAUAAGGCCAGAAAUUGUGCUAUAUCAUUGCAUCGAA